CGGCAUUCUUAUUCUUGCACAUGCGCUCAGCCAACAAUGUGCAACGUCCUUUUCUCGCCUUGUGUAGAGUGAUAAGCACCGUGCGAUAAAUCGACAUGCAGCUCUUUCUGCGUGCGGAGAACCUACACACCCUUGAGGUGACUGGACAGGAGACUGUCCAGGACAUUAAGACCCAUGUCCAGACUUUGGAAGGUCUGUCUGUAGAUGAGCAGGUGGUUAUGCUGGCUGGUACCCCACUUGAAGAUGGUGCCACACUUCUGAACUGUGGCAUUUCAGAACACUGCACCCUGGAGGUGGUUGGCAGGCUUCUAGGAGGUAAGGUGCAUGGUUCCCUGGCUCGUGCUGGUAAAGUACGAGGACAGACACCCAAGGUGGACAAACAAGAGAAGAAGAAGAAGAAGACGGGCCGUGCAAAGCGUCGCAUCCAGUACAAUCGUCGCUUUGUGAAUGUGGUGCCCACCUUUGGAAAAAAGAAGGGUCCUAAUGCCAACUCCUAAAUAGUUUUAUGGAGAAACUUGUUCGUAAUAAAGUUCCAGUUGGGGGAAAAAUGA